UAUCAAGUCUCUUCCUCUACUUAACAUAUGGCGUAUGUACACACUGAAAAAUAUCUCCUAUUGAAUAUCUUCUCGCUAACUAGAAGUAAAAGAGAAUGCUAUAAGUAAAAAACGAUUCGUCCAAGUAGGAAAAAUAACUAGAUAAAGUUGUUGAACUCCAAAACCGACUAUUCAUUUUUAUAUUUUCACUCGAAACCUCUCUAUUGUAUCAGCUAUAAAAUACCUCCUCAACUUGAGCCAAACCCAACUAAGUUCUAAAUCCCAGUAUUUCAAUUCCCAUAGCCUUCCAUUGAAGACAAAAUCAUGGAAUCAUUCAAGGAUUGUCGAUUAAGUCUAAUCCCAAUUACCCUCCUAAUCAUUUCACUAAGAUUGGUUAAUGGGCAGAUAAGUACACCAUGCACAGCCUCAAUGAUAAGCAGCGUCACUCCAUGCGUAAACUACAUCACCGGGAGUACCAGCAACGGCGGGUCACCGACAGCCGAAUGUUGCAGUUUGUUAAAGUCGUUAAUGGGCACCGGCAUGGACUGUGCCUGUCUUCUUAUAACUGGUGGUGUUCCUGUCCAACUGCCCAUUAACCGAACCCUCGCGCUUUCUCUUCCUCGAGCUUGUAAGAUGGGAGGCGUCCCACUGCAAUGCAAAGCCUCUGGUAGUCCUUUACCUGCUCCAGGUCCUUCGUUACUAGGGCCAGCUCGUCCACCAACAGCUUCUUCACCUUUAAGUCCAAGAGCUUCUAAGGCAGUUGCAUCAGGUCCUGCACCAGAAUCUGGAACAUCCGAUGAUCUGCAGCCAGCAUCUCCAUCAGAUGAAUCAGAAGCUCCAACACAAAGUACCCAAGGAAUCGGACGACCACAGCUGACCCCAUCAGCAUCGAGUUUAUCUUAUGUUUCCCCACCAUCUGUCCUACUGAUAAUGUUGGGAAUUAUGGUUUUCAAUUCUUACUAGUUAUUGCUAGUUACCUCUGUAUCAUAUGCAUUUUUUUAUGGUUUAAGAUCUUUAAUUUUAUGUUGUGUUGAUCGGGAUGGUGUAAGCUUGAUAAAAAUUGUUACCUUGGCUUAUUAGAUGUUUAA